AUGUGUGGUAUUUGGGCAUUUCUUGGUUAUGAUUAUGACUUCGCUCAUAACAAAGAGUUUCUUAAAAUCGCAGGUCGCGGACCAGAUUUAACAAUUAUAGAAAAUGUUCAGCCUAAUGUUUGGCUAGGAUUUCAUCGCCUUGCUAUAGUUCAGCCUGGCAAUGAAACAAGUCAACAACCUAUCGUUUAUAAAAAUCUAUCAGUAGUUUGCAAUGGUGAACUUUAUAAUCAUAAAGAUCUGAAGGCUCGAAGCGGACUCCAUAAGAUAGUCAACAACACUUCAGACUGUGCAGCAAUAAUUCAUAGCUUUGUAAUGCUUAACGGUGAUUUACGUAAGACUUGUGCAUCUAUUGAUGGAGUAUUUGCAUUUGCAAUGGUUGAUGAGAAUAAUAUUUACGUAGGGCGCGAUCCGAUUGGAGUUAGACCUCUUUUUUACGGAUUUACGGAUAAAGGAGAAUUGUUGUUCGGUUCAGAAAUGAAGUGUAUUGAACAACUUUGUGAAUCAGUACACAUAUUUCCACCUGGCUGUUGUGCUACUAUUCCCAUUAAUUUACCUACUCAACUUAUAAGCAUAGUUCAAUAUUAUGUGAUACCUACUAUAGCUGAUAGAUUUAUUUCGAUGGAAAAUAUUCAGACAUUAAUUCGUCAAACAUUAAUAUUAGCUGUAAAAAAGCGUUUAAUGGGUGAUCGUCAAUUCGGAUUUAUGUUAAGUGGUGGUUUGGAUAGCUCAUUAAUUGCUGCAAUCUCAUGUAAAUUACUAAAAUUGAAGCCACCUGUUGCAUUUAGUGUUGGUUUCGAAAAUUCGCCCGAUAUUGAAAAUGCUAAAAGUGUUGCAAAAUUUCUUGGCAUUAAACAUCAUAUUCUUAUAAUAACUCCUGAACAAUGCAUAAAAGUUAUUCCUGAAGUUAUCUACGCAUUAGAGACAUUUGAUCCAUUGGUUGUUCGUUGUGGUAUUGCACAUUAUCUCCUAUGCAAAUACAUUGCUGAAUCGUCUGAUGUUAAAGUCUUACUUUCCGGUGAGGGUGCUGAUGAAUUAUUCGGUUCAUACGCAUAUAUGCAGAAAGCACCAUCAGCAGCAUUCUUACAUGGUGAAAUAUUGCGUCGACUUACGCUUCUUCAUCAUUACGAUGUGCUUCGUUGUGAUCGAGCCACAUCAUGUCAUGGACUUGAGAUAAGAGUACCAUUUCUCGACAAGAAAUUCAUCGAUCUCGUUAUUCGACUGCCCUCUUCUCUCAAAUUGUUUCCAGAUAAGCUGGAAAAAUAUAUUUUGAGAAAUGCUUUCGAUGGUUGGUUGCCUCACGACGUUUUAUGGCGAAGCAAACAAGGAUUUUCAGAAGCUUUAGGAAAUUAUGAUCUUGGCGACAUUAUUAAUAAUUAUGCAAAAUCGUUAAUCUCGGAUGAAAAAUUCGCAAUAAGGAAACUUAUUUUUCCCGUCAAAACGCCCGAAACGAAAGAAGAAUUCUGGUAUCGUUCGUUAUUCAAUCGCCAUUUCGAUUACCAAAAAAUUCAAUCAACUAUUCACAUAAAAGUUUAUCGAAGUGCCGCUUGGCAAUUUUUUGAUGAAAAAGAAAAUAUAUGUGCAUUUAAUGAGAAAAAAAUAGCACAAAAACGCUUACGGCGUCGAUCAACUGGAAGCUCAUUUCUUAAUGUUAUUGCAUAA